AUAACUAAUCAAAUUGUGACCAGCUGCAAAAACUACAUAUCAGAUAAUGGAUACUCACGGCUGUGGGAUAUUCCAAAGGAUGAACUGUAUCUCCGUCUCAACAACUGUCUAAAAUUGUUUCAGACAUAUAUCCACAUCUUUGAAGUGACCAAGAAGAAGAUAGCCAACACAAAGACGGAAAGGCCAUUUGACUUCUCAGAAAUGUAUAUUUUCGGGAAAAUAUUUACCUUUCGGGAUAGAAUUGAAAAGCCUUUGAAUGAAGAUUUUGACAAAUUCCUGGAGCUGGCUGAUGAUUUAAAGAAAAAAGAUUUAAAAAUUAUGAGUCAAACAAUGUUAAAAUUGAAAUACAUUUUUAAUCAACUGGACAAGCUCUUCCUUACAAUUGUGGGAGCGCGUUCUGUGGGGAUAGUUAGGGGAAUUUAUAUGGAUAGAGACAAAGAGGAGAGCACCAUUCCAUGGAAUUUACCCCCAAAUUCAGGGGUCGGAUGUAUUGG